UUGAUUGCAUGAUUUCUUGGAGAACCGGUGAUGGAGAAAUCGUUUAUAUUUUAUUUGAUAUAACACUUGGUGACGAAAUAUGUUAGUGGAUGAUUAGCACUGGACGCUUGUCUUUAAAGCUUCGUCUCACCACCAUUUUCUCAUAAUAAAGAGUUACACAAACCACAAGCAGGCCCUAUGUGAACUUGACAAGAGUGAUUAGAAGAUCUGAAUCCUCAUAUCCUGGUGAUUUAAAAUCUGACAACAUGGGGCCAGGAGAAGAAGCAGCAGGAGAUCAAAGGGCAACUCUACAAUACACACUGCAAGCAACUUGGAAACCAAAAACACUAACAUUAACAAUAGCAGUCACAGUAGCAUUAGCAGUAAUAGUAACAAUGUCAGGAAUAACAAUAGCUGACACAGUAAUAGGAGCAGCAGCAGGAUCUGCAGCUGGAGUAAGCAUUUUACAAUCAUUAUGGGAAGUAGAAACAAAAACAGGAGAAGUAUUAGUAACAGCAGCAGCAGGAGGCCUAGCAGGAAUAGCAGCAGCAAUAUUGAGAUCAAUGGUAGGAGCACAGUCACUAACAGCAUCAGCAGUAACUGGAGCAAUGGCUGGAGCUGCAAUAGUACCAAUAGCAAGAACACAAUUACAAUGGGUGGUAAAUAAAAUACAGGUUGUAAUAGAUAAGUUACAGUGGGUUUUAGCCUUCAUAAAAAGAGUAAAAGCAGCAGUAAAAUGGUGUUUAAAGACGUUACCCACUGCAACACUAAUUUUAGGAUCAGGAUCUGCACCAAUAGCAGCAACAGCAUCACAAACAGGACCAGUAGUAUCACAGGUAGAAUCAGCAGCUUCACGGGCAGAAUCAGUAACAUCAGGAGGAGUAUCACAGGUGGAAUCAGCAGCUUCACAAGCAGAAUUAGUAACAUCAGAAGGGGUAUCACAGGCGGAAUCAAUAGCUUCACAGGCAGAAUCAGUAACAUCAGGAGAGGUAUCACAGGCGGAAUCAGCAGCAUCAAAGGCAGAAUCAUUAACAUCAGGAGGGGCACCACAGGUGGAAUCAGCAGCAUCACAGGCAGAAUCAGUAACAUCAGGAGAGGUAUCACAGGUGGAAUCAGCAGCAUCACAGGCAGAAUCAGUAACAUCAGGAGGAGUAUCACAGGCGGAAUCAGCAGCAUCACAGGCAGAAUCAGUAACAUCAAGAGGGGUAUCACAGGCGGAAUCAGCAGCAUCACAUGCAGAAUCAGUAACAUCAGGAGGGGUAUCACAGGCAGAAUCAGCAGCAUCACAGGCAGAAUCAGUAACAUCAGGAGGGGUAUCACAGGCGGAAUCAGCAGCAUCACAGCCAGAAUCAGUAACAUCAGGAGGGCUAUCACAGGCGGAAUCAGCAGCAUCCCAGGCAGAAUCAGUAACAUCAGGAGGAGUAUCACAGGUGGAAUCAGCAGCAUCACAGGCAGAAUCAGUAACAUCAGAAGGGGUAUCACAGGCAGAAUCAGCAGCAUCACAGGCAGAAUCAGUAAAAUCAAGAGGAGUAUCACAGGCAGAAUCAGCAGCAUCACAAGCAGAAUUGGCAGUAUCAGAAGGAAUAUCACAAUCAGAAGCAGUAGCACUACAAGCAGAAUUAUUAGUAUCACAGGCAGAAUCAGCAGCAUCAAGAGGAGCAUCACCGCCAAAAUCAGCAGCAUCAAAAGCAGAAUCAGCAGCAUCACAAGGAGCAUCACAGCCAGAAUUAGCAGAAUCACAAGCAAAAUCAGCAGUAUCAGGAGGAGCGUCACAAGCAGAAUCAGCUGCUUUAGGGCGAGCAUCAUUGGCAGUAUCGGCAGCAACAAGAGGAGGAACACAUGCUGUUUUAGAAGCAUCACAAGGACCAUCACUGGCAGUAUCAGGAGGAGCAUCACUGGGAGUUUCAGCAGCAGCAGGAGGAGCAUCACUGGGAGUUUCAGCAGCGGUGGGAGGAGCAUCACUGGGAGUUUCAGCAGCGGCACAAGGAGCAUCACUGGGAGUUUCAGCAGCAGCGGGAGGAGCAUCACUGGGAGUUUCAGCAGUGGCACGAGGAGCAUCACUGGGAGUUUCAGCAGCAGCAGGAGGAGCAGAACUGAGGUCAUCAGAAGCAGCAGGAGUAGCAUCAUUUGGAGUUUCAGCAGCAUUAUCGGGAGCAACUGGAUCAAGCCAAGGAUUACUGGCAGGAUUAGGAUUUGUGGCAGGAGCUGCAAAAUCUGCAAUGUUUGGAUCGCAUAGGCACAGAAAAUUACAGACAGAAGCAGUAGAGAUGCUUCUAACUCAUACCAAAGUCCUUGAAUCUUCAAAGAGAGACAAAUUUCCACAGACAGACAGGUCACGGACCAAGAAGACAGAAAGAGAGCAGUCUCUUCUAAUGCCAGAAUCGGUAACAACAGGAGGACUCUCACAAGAAUCAGCAGCAUUACGAGCAGAAUCAUCAGAUUUAGGAAAAGCAGCUCAGCCAGAAACAGCAGCAUCAGUAGGAGCAGUACAAGCAGCAUCAGGAGCAGCAGCAAAGUCAGAAUCAGCAGCAACGGGAGGAGCAGCACAGUCAGAAUCAGCAGCAUCCAGAGGAACAUCACAAUCAGAAUCAGUAGCGUCACAAGCAGAAACAUCAGCAUUAGGAAAAGGAGCACAGUCAGCAUCAGCGGCAUCAGGAGGAGCAUCACAAGCAGAAUCAUCAGCAGACCAUGCAGAAUUGGCAGUAUCAGGAGGAACAUCACAACCAGAAUCAGUAGCAUCACAAGCAGAAUCAAAAGCAUCAGGAGGAACAUCACGACCAGAAUCAGUAGCAUCACAAGCAGAAUCAACAGCAUCAGGAGAAGCAUUACAAACAGAAUCAGCAGCAUCAGAAGUAGAAUCAGUAGCAUCAGAAGCAGAAUCAGCAGGACCACAAGCAGAAUCAGUAGCAUUACAUGCAAAAUCAGCACCAUCAGGAGGAACACCACAAGCAGAAUCAGUAGCAUCACAUGCAGACUUAGCAGCAACACAAGCAGAAUUGUCAGCAUCAGGAGGAACAUCACAAUCAGAAUCAGUAACACAACAAGCAGAAUCAUCAGCAUUAGAAGGAUCAGCACAGUCAGAACCAGGAGGAGCAUCACAAGCAGAAUCAGUAGCAUUACAAGCAGAAUUAUCAGCAUUAGGAGGAGCAGCACAGUCAGAAUCAGCAGCAUCAGUAGGAACAUCACAAUCAGAAUCAGUAGCAUCACAAGCAGAAUCAGAAGCAUUAGGACGAGCAGCACAGUCAGAAUCAGCAGCAUCAGUAGGAACAUCACAAUCAAAAUUAGUAGCAUCACAAGCAGAAUCACUAGAAUUAAGUGGAGCAGCACAGUCAGAAUCAGCUGAAUCAGGAGAAGCAUCACGAGCAGAACCAGCAGCAACACAUGAAGAAUUGGCAGGAUCAGGAGGAACAUCACAAACAGAAUCAACAGCAUCAAGAGAAGCAUUACAAACAGAAUCAGCAGGAUCAGAAGCAGAAUCACUAGCAUCUCAAGCAGAAUCAGCAGCAUCAGGAGGAUCAUCACAAGCAGAAUCAGUAGCAUCACAUGCAGAAUCAGCAGCAUCAGCAGGAACAUCACAAGCAGAAUCAGUAGUAUCACAUGCAGAAUCAGCAUAUUCACAAGCAGAAUCAGCAGCAUCACAAGCAGAAUCAGCAGAUUCACAAGCAGAAUCAGCAGCAUCACAAGCAGAAUCAGCAGCAUCACAUGCAGAAUCAGCAGCAUCACAUGCAGAACCAGAAGCAUCAGGAGGAUCAUUACAAGCACAAUCAGUAGAAUCACAUGCAGAGACAGCAGCAUCAGGAGGAACACCACAAGCAGAUUCAGUAGCAUCACAUGCAGAAGCAGCAUUAUCAAGAGGAGCAUUACAAAAAGAAUCAGAAGCAUCACUGGGAGUAUUAGCAGGAUCAGCAGGAGCAACUGGACUAAGCCAAGGAUUACUGGCAGGAUCAGGACUUGUUGCAGGAGAAAAAUCUGCUAUUUUUGGAUUACACAGGCACAGACAAUUACAGACAGAAGCAGUAGAGAUGAGAGACAUUUUUCUACAGACAGAGAGGUCACGGACCAAGAAGACAGACAGAGAACAGCUUCUACUAAUGCCAGAUUCAUCUGAAAACACAGAUGCGUGUGUUACAGGAAAGAGAAUCCCUGAGCAAAUGACUGAAGACUCUACAUUUAAUGACUCAGGAGAACACAAGGAAACCACAGGAGUCAGACCAGAUCAACACCUACAACAGGAAAAGAUUGGAAGAGAAAAAAUAAAGCAUUUAUUUCACAAACUUCAUCUUGAAGGCAAGCGCUGCAAUAAACUGAUAACUUCAGAUGUCCUACAGAUAACUAAACAUUCAUUACAGUUCCAUGAGUCUUGUGCUGAGGAGGAGAUGGUUCAGACUUUCCUACAAAAAGUACUCAUGAUGGACUACAGAGCAAGAUACAUUCAUGUUAAUAAGACAAGUCAACAGGAUCACACACAAGAAAGACAGACUGACUUAUCUGAAGAUAAUUUUGAUAUAUUCAAGGCAGUGUCCUUGUCAGACAAAGGAACAAGGAAGCCUGAGCAAAUUCACCCAAUGGAUGUUCAGAUGGCCGUGUUUCACUGUGCUGAUGGUUUCCUGAAGCAGAUGAUGGUGACUAAACUGUCCCAGUGUCAGUACGCUUUGCCUCUUCUUGUUCCUGAUCCAUUCACUCAACAGACUGAGUUUCCUCUCUGGACAUUCAGACAAAUCAACAAGAGCUGGAAGAUGAGAAACAUCCAAAAUGAAAUCAUCAGUCAAACCCAGCCAAUCUACAAGGCAGAAACUCCAGUGGUGUUUUUCUUCAGGUUUGGCUCUGUGUCUUCAUCCAAGUCUCAGCUUAUGAACCAUCUGAUCAAUGAGAAACACAACACGUUCUUCCACAGGAACUGCCCAGGCAGCAGCAGAACCAGAGUCCUGAUGGAUGGAGUGGUGGAGAUCUCCUGGUUCUGCCCCUCUGGGAAAAACACAGAUAAAUACAGUGAGUGCGUUGCGUUCUGUAAUCUACACGGUGAUGCAGGAGACCAUGAGAAACAGCUGCACAUCCUAACUGAAAUUAGCUCAGUCAAUGUUGUUCUUCUUCCACAACUUGACAGGAAUGAUAGACAUGCAGCAAAUAUCCAAAACCUGUACAAAGACAGAAAGUCCCUCAUUUGUAUUUUUACAGAGGAUGAAUCUACUGUAACAGAGAUGAUGAAAGGGAAAUACAAAAUUGGUUUGAAAAACAGAAGUCAGUCAGAUGUAUCUGAUGAACUCAGAAGAAUUAUAAAUGAUUGUGUCUCAGAAUCAUCUCACACUUUCAAACUUGAAGAUGUGUCCAAACACUCAGACAUCAGAGUAGAUGAGGAAGAUGAUGAUGACUGCAGGAGAGGAAGAGAAGCAGCACAGCAGAUGAUGAGUUUACUGGAGAAGAAAGAUCUGAGAGAAAUCAAAGAAUCAUUUCUGCCUCAUCAGGGGAAACUGUGGCAUCAGUGGAGUCAGAAGAACAGAGAACUACAUCGCCCUCAAGCAGAAGAGAAAGAAAUAGACAUCAGUAGAAAACAAAUAGAAAUGAUUAAUAUUCGUCAACAGCAGCAUUCAUUUAAAAUCAGUGACUUCAUUAACUUCCUCACUAAAACAAUGUUCUCACAUGCUGAACAUGAGAAUAUGUUUUUCCUUAAAUGGCUCAGAAUCCUCUUGGAUGAAUACACUUCAGCUGACCUCUCUGCCCUACAUCACAAAUAUGAUGAAACAUGGUCAAAAUCUAUAAAACUGAAAAGGAAACAUGGUAAAUCUGAAGAACGCAAAGCUGAACAAAAAGACCUCGAGAAAAUAUCCGAGGAGCUUCAAGCUGUGACCUUUGGUUUGGAGCACAUCAUGAGAGAGAUCGCUCAGAUCUAUGAAUCAUGUUCAUUUGUUAAUGAGAACAAAAAAGACUUGGAGAUUCACUUCUCUUUUCUCCCAAUUCUUGCAGCAGAGAUGAUGAUCUCUGGAUCUCCACUGGAGCUGAUGGAUGGAGAUGCUGCUCAUGUUCCUGUGAUCUGGAUCUCUGCUGUUCUAGAUCAACUUGUCCAGAAACUGGGAGACCAGAGAGUCUUUGUGCUGUCAGUUUUAGGGCUUCAAGGCUCUGGGAAAUCCACCAUGUUGAACGCCAUGUUUGGACUACAGUCUGCCGUCAGUGCUGGCAGGUGCACCAGAGGAGCCUUCAUGCAGCUGAUCAGAGUCUCAGACGAGAUGAAAACACAAAUGAACACUGACUAUAUUCUGGUUGUUGAAAUAGAGGGUCUUCAAGCUCAAGAACUGUCUGGAAGAUUAACAAAAGAUCAUGACAAUGAAUUGGCAACAUUUGUUGUAGGUCUUGGAAAUCUGACUCUGAUCAACAUCUUUAGAGAAAACCUUUCUGAUACGAAGGGAAUUCUUCAUAUUGUUGUUCAGGCUUUCCUGAGGAUGAAGAAGGUGAGACCAAAUCCCAGCUGUAUGUUUGUGCAUCAGAACAUUUCAGAUGUCAGAACUGGAGGGAGAAACAUGGAGGGAAGGAGACGACUGCAGGAGACACUGGAUGAGAUGACAAAACUCGCUGCUAAAGAUGAAGAGUCUGAUGCAGAAUGUUUCAGUGAUAUCGUUAGAUUUGAUGUUCAGAAUGAUGUGAAGUAUUUCGCUCCACUCUGGGAGGAAAAUACAUUAAUUGCUCCUCCAAACCCUAACUACUGUGAGAACAUUCAAGAAUUAAAGAAAUCUAUUCUUUCUCAUGCCACACAAUCACAUGGAAUGAUGCUGGCACACUUAAAAGAUCAUAUUAAAGAUCUCUGGGAGGACGUACUGAAUGAACGAUUCUUCUUCAGAUUCAGAAAUGCUCUGGAGAUCUCAGCCUACAGGAAACUGGAGACCGAAUACAGUAAGUGGUCCUGGAGUCUUCGCAGAGCCAUGAUGGAAUAUCAGAACAAGUUACACAACAAAAUAGAAAAUGAAGUACUUCAUGAGGUUGAGGAAACUGAUCUUCAAAGAGAACUGAAGAAGACAAGUGAGGAAGUGAGUAAAUCAAUGUCUGAAUUCUUUGAGAAAGACAAGGAUGGAGAUAUACUGAUACAGUGGAAAACAUCAUUUGAAAUCAAAAUCAAAGAGCUUCAAGAAAGUAUUAUCAGUGAAGCAAAGAGUAAAUUACUUGAGAUUCUUCAGCAGCGAGACCUGAAGAAAAUUAUUGAUGAUUUGAGGACACGACAUGAAAACGCUCUCUAUGAAAAGAGCAAAGAACUUGCCUUAAAACUCAAAACCAAAGCACACGAUGAAAAAAGACUGAAUAAAAAGUUUGAUUUGAUUUGGAAACAGAGUGUGAAAAAGAUCAUCAAAGACACUCCUGCAAUCAAAGAGAUUGACAUAAUGAGAGAUGUGAGAGAGAUCCUCAGUGCCAACUAUGGAACUCCUGUAGAUCACUCGAAGGUGAGAAGCAAUGUUUUCUCAGUGAUGAGUUAUUAUGAUUAUGUAAAGGUAAAAAGAUCCAGUGGAUUUUUCUCAAAAGCUAAAGAGAGUCUUGGUUAUGCUCUAUCAAAAGAGGACGACAUCCAAAUAAGAUCAUUAGUUACAGAUGUUGUUCAGCAGACAGACACAAUGAUUCAGUCAUUUAACAUUCCAGAGAUGGGAUACAACAUCUGCUGCAUUCAACAACUCACAGAUUAUAUCAAGAAAAAAGUAACAAAAUAUGAGGAAGGAUCUAUGAAAUGUGUGUUCAAGAAACAAUUCUUCAUUGAUUUGGUUUAUUCCAUCUGUAAGAGAGCAAAUGAAAUGAUUUCUGACCAACACAGAAUGUUCAGAGAUGCCAAUGAUCCUGUCAUAUAUUUUGACAAGAAAAUAAAAAAUUACUACAGUAUUUUCCAGAAAUACUGUCAUGGAGCUACAUCAGCAUUAAUUUUUGGUGAGAUCAUCUUUCAGAAACUUAAAAAGUCCAUUGAGCAGAGUGUCUACAAGAAGACUGCCAGAGAUCUGACAGAUGAAAUUAGAAUAAACUGUGAAUCACUGAAUGGAAACCGAUCAAAUCUGGAGAAACACAUCUUGAAGACACUGGCAGAAGAGGAGGAUUUUGACAAAUACAUGAAUUACAUUCACAAUCCCAGAGAUCUCUUCAAGAGUUUCAUCAGAGAUGAGGUCAGUCAAUACAUCAUUGAUAAGUUCAGUCUCAGUGUUUUCCCCAGGAUGAAGGAGAACAUUAAACUCCUGGAGCAGAAGAUCAUGAGAGCAGCACAUGAAUCUACUGAACGUGUUCAAGAGAAGAGAGGAGAUGAAUCUACUGAACGUGUUCAAGUGGACAGAGGAGAUGCUGCUUUGUGGUUGAAGAGUUUCACACAGCAGCUCUCAGAUGAGCUGAUCUUCUCUGAAAAACACUUCAGUGGAGUGAAACUUGAUUAUGUUGAUUUCAAGCUACUAGAAGAUGUGAUACGACAAGAACUUACUGCUUUAAUGUCUGAGAUCAGCAGUAGAUUCAACACAGAGACUUUUCCAAUAAAUCUGGACUAUAAAUCCAGGCCAGAUGAGAUUGUAAUUGACCACUUGUGUCAAUGCUGUUGGGUUCAGUGUCCGUUCUGUGGAGCCACCUGCAACAAAACCUUAGAAAACCAUGAUGGAGAUCACAGUGUUGGUUUCCACAGGCUAACUGGAAUUGCAGGGUUAUUUUACAGAGGAUCAAGAAACUUAGCUGUUAAAAUCUGCACAUCAGCAGUAGCAAACAGAAAUCAGUAUUUUUAUCCCGAUAACUCAGAUAAUACACUCCCCAGCACACAAUACAGAAAAGCAGGAGGAGUUUAUGCAGAUUGGAGCAUUACCCCUGACCUCUCUGAUCUGCCAUACUGGAAGUGGUUUGUGUGCAGAUUCAAAGACAAUCUGGAAAAAAUCUACGAUAAAACUUUUGUGUGUAGUGAGAUUCCAGACAAAUGGAGAAAAUACUCAAAACAAGAAGCGAUUCAAAGUCUGAAUCAUUACAUCUAAUGGAGCCGAUACAGAAUGAUAAUGUAUGCUGUUGGAUUCUCCUUUCAUCACAGUCAGAAAUGAGUUUCUAUUACACAUCAGUUAUACUCUGAAAUCAUCAGCAAAUACACUGGAUACAAGAGGUUUAAUGACAUCUCUCAAACUAAAUGUGUUCAGUUUUAUGGAGUUAAAAAAUGACAGAUUUGAAUUGUGUCACUUUGAAUUA